ACAUGUCACAGACGUACGUCGCUGACAUCUUCCUGGCGCAGAGUUGGCGAGAUGCGAGACUCAGACUGCCAGAGUACAUGAGCGAGGACUAUCGAAUUUUGGAUGUGGACUGGCUUCAUAACAUCUGGAGGCCCGACUGCUUCUUCAAGAACGCCAAGAAAGUGACGUUCCACGAGAUGAGCAUCCCCAACCAUUACCUGUGGCUGUACCAUGACAAGACUCUUUUAUAUAUGUCGAAACUGACACUGGUGCUAUCCUGCGCUAUGAAGUUCGAGUCGUAUCCACACGACACCCAGAUCUGCACGAUGAUGAUUGAAAGUUGUAAGUGA